CUCCCUCUUUCUCUCUCUAAGAUCUUUCGUUUUUACUUUCUCUCUCUUCUCUCCUAAAAGGAGCCAAAACCCUCUUCCUACUGGCUCCCCCAACUAACCCCACCACUGCCACCAUGGACCCGCCGCCGCCCCCUCAGGCAGCUCCGGCGUCGGCACCACCGCCUCCGCCUUCUUCUCACCACCUCAGCUACGCAGACUCGCUGGACUCGUCGCCGAGGUCCAGAAACACUGAUUCGUGGGACGAGCAGAUGCCUCCAACCGCUAGCCGACUUCGCUUGAUGUGCAGCUAUGGUGGACACAUCGUCCCCAGACCACAUGAUAAGUCGCUCUGCUAUGUCGGCGGUGAGACCAGAAUCGUUGUCGUCGACCGGAAUACUACUCUUGUUGACCUCUCUAACCGGCUAUCGAAGACGCUCCUCAACGGUCGGUCUUUUACUCUCAAGUACCAGCUUCCGAGCGAGGACCUUGACUCGCUCAUAUCAGUUACUACGGAUGAGGACCUUGAUAAUAUGAUCGAUGAGUAUGAUCGGACGGCGUCUGCCUCUGCGAAACCCUCGAGGCUUCGGCUAUUUCUCUUCGCGUCCAAGCCUGAAUCGUCGCAGUCGAUCGGUCCGAUUCUCGAUAACCCGGCGAAGUCCGAGGACUGGUUCCUCAACGCGCUUAAUGGUGCCGCCGGGGGAUUGCUUAACAGGGGGUUCUCGGAUUCUGCCUCUGUCAAUUGCUUGCUGGGUCUAGACGAUGACGUAAUCGCCGGUGGUGUGGGUAGUAACCUCGAUUCGGUUUCUAGGGAGAUGGAGGUGGCUUCGCAGCCUGGUGGAUUUGGGAAUGGAAAGGGUGGGAAGGUACAGGGGAAUCAAGAUGUUCACUCCGUUCCCGAUUCGCCGAUGCUCGAAACGACGUCCUCUUUUGGGUCCACGUCUUCGUCGCCUUCGCUUGCCAAUUUGCCGCCGAUUCGGGUGCAUGUGGAGGAGGGUGGUGGUGGGGUUAGGAUGGUUCAGGAUCAUAAGGCGGGGAUCGAGGAGCAGUUUGCUCAAAUGAAUAUUUCCCAAGCUGCUAUUAAACAAGAAGAAAGUGGCUUUGUUAUGCUAUCUUCGCCGCCGCCGCCGAUGCCCACUACUGUUGCGGGUGCAGCCAUUCAAUUGCCUGUCAGUUCCUCUGCUGUCGGCGUCGAUUACUCCGCCGGAAACCGCGUUAUCUCCGACGACGAGCGAUCAGACCACGCAGUGCCUAUAGGGUACCGGAAGCAACCUCCGCCUCAAUCUCAGGCUCCGCCUCCUCAAUCACAACAACAAAAGUCGACUGGAGUUCUUGAUUUGCCUUCUCCUGAUUCAGUUUCAAGUGAUAGUAGUAUUGGAAAUGCAUUAUCUCGCCCAAAACCUGUAAUCUAUCAAGACCCAGUUCAGUUUCCAGGAACCACAAGGGUUCCGGCAAACCCUGCUGAUCCUAAAGUCAAUAUGUCUGAUCCAAACACUCGGGUCCAAAUACAACAACAGGUUCAGGAUUCUGGGUAUGUGUUGCAAGCCCAAUUUGAGCAGAAACAACAGCAGCAGCAGCAACUUCAGCAGCAGCAACAACAUCAGCAACUUCAACAACAACAUCAGCAGCAGCAACAACAACAACAUCAGCAACUUCAACAGCAACAACAACAACAUCAGCAACUUCAACAGCAACAACAACAUCAGCAACUUCAACAGCAACAGCAACUUCAACAACAACAGCAGCAGCAGCAACAAUUUGUUCAAGCUGGGGGACAUUACUACCAGCAUCAUCCUUCUGGCACUGUGCCCAUCUCAGCAUACUACCCUGUAUAUCCUUCCCAGCAGCAGCAUCAUCCCCAUCAUCAUCCACAGGUUGAUCAGCAGUACCCUGUUUACUAUGUUCCUGCAAGACAGGCGCAAGCUUACAACAACUUGUCUGUCCAACAAUCCAAUAUAAGUGAAACUUCUACUGGUAUCCCUUCUUCCCACCCCCAAACACAUCCCAAUCCCACCAUGGUUGCUCCUCCACCAGCAGCAGCUUACAAUCCUGGAAGGAAUGCCCCAUUGGGCAAGCCCGAAAUUGCCGCGGGCAUGUACAGAACGGCAACCACAGUUGCUCAGCCUUCUUUGGUUCAAGUUCCUUCUGCUCAACAUCAGCAGCAAUAUGUUGGUUACUCCCAGGUUCAUCAUCCAUCUCAGUCCGUUACUCCUACAUCCGCAGCUGCUGCAAAUUAUGCAUAUGAAUACGCAGAUGCUUCUCAUGCCCAGAUAUACUAUACUCAGCCUCUGCAACCCACGAUGACUUCUCAAUAUCAGACCAUGACAGGGACUGGUGCAGUAGUGAUGCAGGAAGUUUCUGGGCAGCUAUCAGCUGACAACAUGAAGCAGCAGAUGAGAACUUCACAGCCAUUAUGAAUCAGAACAUAAGGAAGAAACAAUUUUGAAGGGAAAAAAAGGGUUUGGUUUUCUUUACUAUAUUUUUCGUUUUAGUGUCUGCAUUGUUGCUGGUAAAACUGGAUUGUGAUAUGUAUUUGUGAUAGAUAAUAAGAAACUCUGGCCGUCGUCGUCUUAAAGCUCUUUCGUGUAUGUCAUAUUGUUGUUUAUUGUUAUAGGAAAUGAAAGUGGUCUGAGUCUAUACUUGUAAAAGCUGAAACAAAAAACGUACAAUCUUAUUCGCAUGUGCUGUUCAUAUACAAUGGGUUACUGAAUAAAUGUUCUAUAAGUAGAAAGAGCUUUUCAUUUCAA